AUGUUGAGCGUCGUGCAAGGUCUCGUUGUUGUUUUUCGUUCGCCUCAAUUGGAGAAGGCUGCCAAAAAACGAUGGCGGCUUACCCCAAACGAGGCCAAGGUCAUCUCCUUCCCUGGCACACAAAAGUCAGCCUUCGCGACGGAGGUAUCUGGCCCUUCCAAGUUCCUCAAAAAAAUUGAGGACCUGGACUGCAAGUGCCUUGUCGUUGUAGCGCCAGAGCUGGAGCAGCUUCGCACCAUUGCAGAUUUGAGCAAAGACGUGGAGGAUCAGAUGGGAAUAAUCCUCCUCAAUGCUCGAAUUCAUGGCAACAAGAGCCGCAAGGCACGCAAGCUGCCGCCCAGGUUGCAGGAGUAUCUGCUGAAGGAGUUCGAGCCGUCGUAUCACGUGCGCUUUCUGGAGAGCAAGAAGUGGCCGGCCAACAGCAUGAUAUUCAGACAGAUAUGUCCGGACGGGCAGGGACCUUGGAUCGUGGCAGUUCAGCGAGAGCUCGUGGGUGGAGCUGUGGUGACCAACGAGGUACUGCGGACUGACUACGAGCCAACUGCCCGGGAGAUCAGCGAAGCAUUCGAUCGUUAUGAGACGAGUGACAAAGACCCGUCCGAUGCAAUUGUGGAGUUCCUGCGCAAGGACCGGGAUGGUUGA